GCCCUGGAGGGGCUGUUUAGUCCUGCGCCCCAGAGGCUCACAGGGGCUGUGUGGUGUCAUGCCCGGGAGCCCGCGGAGGGCACCGAGCUGGGUGCUGCUGCUGCGGCUGCUGGCCCUGCUGCGGCCGCCGGGGCCCGGCGAGGCAUGCAGCUGCGUCCCCGCGCAUCCCCAGCAGCAUGUCUGCCACUCGGCGCUUGUGAUCCGGGCCAAAAUCUCCAGUGAGAAGGUAGUUCCUGCCAGUGCAGACCCUGCUGACACUCAAAAAAUGAUCCGGUAUGAAAUCAAACAGAUAAAGAUGUUUAAAGGGUUUGAAAAAAUCAAGGAUGUUCAGUAUGUCUACACGCCUUUUGACUCCUCCCUUUGUGGUGUGAAACUGGAAGCCAACAGCCAGAAGCAGUAUCUCUUGACUGGUCAGAUCCUCAGUGAUGGGAAAGUCUUCAUUCAUCUGUGCAACUACAUUGAGCCCUGGGAGAACCUGUCCUUUUUGCAGAGAGAAAGCCUGAAUCACCACUACCACCUGAACUGUGGCUGCCAAAUUACCACCUGCUACACAGUGCCCUGCACCAUCUCGGCCCCCAACGAGUGCCUCUGGACAGACUGGCUGCUGGAACGGAAGCUCCAUGGGUACCAGGCCCAGUAUUAUGUCUGCAUGAAGCAUGUGGAUGGCGUCUGCAGCUGGUACCGGGACCACCUGCCCUUCAGGAAGGGGUUUGUGGACAUCAUCCAGCCCUAGUCAGGGCCAGACCACCACCUGCCUUCAAGAGUCCUAUGACCAGGCCAGGGUCUGUCCCUGCAGAGCUCUAGCCACUGCCACCGGCCUUAUCAGGGACAGCCUGGGGAAGCGCCAAGUGACGGGCCUGCCAAUGGGAAUGGGCAUGUCCCCACAGACCCUGUUAAAGGCUGGGAAGUAACCUGGCUCUUCUACCCGCCCCCAGCCCUUCUCCCCUGCCUCCCAAACGCUUUCAGUCUAGCUGGUACUUGUUACUGACUGUUUUGAU